AACCUAGACAGCAUAUUAAAAAGCAGAGACACUUUUUAGCUCAUUUGGUUGCUGGGGCUGUUGUGUUUCCAGUUGCCAGGUCGCGUAUCAUGACGUCUACCUUGGAGAACUACAUCAACCGAACUGUUGCUGUCAUUACUUCUGAUGGGAGAAUGAUUGUGGGAACACUGAAAGGUUUUGACCAGACCAUUAAUUUGAUACUGGAUGAAAGCCAUGAACGAGUGUUCAGCUCUUCACAGGGAGUAGAACAAGUGGUACUAGUGUUAUACAUCAUAAGAGGCAACAAUGUUGCAGUCAUUGGAGAAAUUGAUGAAGAGACAGAUUCUGCACUUGAUUUGGGAAAUAUUCGAGCAGAACCUUUGAACUGUAGCACAUUGAGGAAAAACUACAUAUAUCGGACAGCUGUAAAUCUUUGUACAGAAACUGAUUAUUCUGAGAUUGAUGGUCAGAAUUUUUAGGAAUGUGUAAUUGUGGAUUUUGACUCCAUGUUGAUUCAUUGUAAUAUGAUAUGUAAAUUAAAAUAUUUCUACAUUUUAUUGAAAAAAA